AUUACCUUAAAGCUUGAAAUUUAACUAAUCGUAAAGAACAAACGCUCUACUUCAUGAGCCGAACGGUAAAGAGGUCGUUUUUUAGUCAAUAUUUUUGGUUUUUGUUAACUUUUUUGUGUAGGUUGUUGAGCUUUAACGCAAUGCGACGACUUUUAACGAGAGUUUUGAACCGAGUUUUGUUGGGCGGCUCGUUCACGCCGGCGACGGGCACGGAGGCGGAGGUUCACACGCACGCGCGCCGCAAGCUGGUGGUGGGCCUGGGGAACCCGGGGAUGGAGGGUACCAGACACAACGUCGGCAUGGCGGUGCUCGGCGCACUUGCCGCCCGGCUUGGGGUGGCUGACCGUUGGCGUGGCGACAAGUACGUGUCCGGUGAAGUCAUCUUGUCAGAGGUCCAACAGACGCAUGUGGUGCUGCUCCGUCCCAGGCUGCUGAUGAACGUCAACGGGGUGUCUGUGGCCAAAGCAGCUAGUAAAUACGGCAUAAAACCCGAGGACAUCCUGCUGGUCCACGAUGAACUAGACAAACCUCUGGGGAAGAUCGCUGUGAAAAGAGGAGGAAGUGCCAGAGGUCAUAACGGCGUCCGCUCAUGUGUCGACUGUCUUCACACUGAUGUGAUGCCCCGCCUCCGGGUGGGAAUCAGCCGGCCCGCGGGGAAAACGUCCGUGGAGCGCCACGUUCUGAGCCGGUUCACCUCGGAGGAGCAGAAGGUUCUGGGCUCGGUUCUGGUCCAGAGCGUGGAGCUGCUCCUCUCCCAGAUCUCCCAGCAGGACUUGCAGCCCCCCUCCCCUCCAGCAGGGGGCGGGCGAGCACCGGCCGGGGACUCGGCCGCCGCUCAGAGCUGAAACUGAAACUCUGGACUCCUUCACCUGUGAUGAAACUAGAUCACCGUCUCCGGGUUUAUCGUCAUGCUUUUUACUUUUAUUUUUUGUUAAAAACAAGCUCAAAAGGAGGAGGAACCUCCGACGGGGGCACAGAGGUGCCUUUAAAGCCACGUGCGCCCCCAUCCAGGGGUCUCCCUCUCAGGGAAGGACUUGCAUCUUUCAGCAAGACGACGCUAAACCACAUUGAACAUCUGUUUUAAAAAUGUGUGGCUUCACGUGUGUCCGGACCGUCCACUGACUGAACACUUCCAUAGUUUUGAAGAGGUCCGGUCAUCUUUUCAGACGAGAACGUGAUCCCAGAUAUUGGUGGACUUGUUAGAAGCAGCAUUGAUACGAGGAAUCACCCAACGGUUCUUUAAUCCUCACCUUUCCUACGGUGUCCUGACACCGUAGGAAAUAAAACCUGAAAUAAAACCUUGUUUACUUUUGUGUUUUGUGGCCGAGAGCGUGAGCCUCCACGUGGUGAACCCCCCCCAAACCUCACGGUCCUCCUCAUCCUCCCCGACGGGACUCUCUCGACUAGAAACAUAUUGAUUUCCUUCCCCGCGAUUGUCACGCUAAUUAGACUCUUAAUCAAUUAGGUGUCUUUUAAUGAGCAGCAUCCCAUCGAGAGGCGCUGGCGUUCCCACACUGCAGAGACCGCCAGCGGGCGGACGGAUGCUUCGGCGGGGGAGGUGGGCCGAGAAGAAAAACCAAAUCCCAAAAGAGCAUAAAAAGCAGCGGAAAGAGGCCGACGGGCCGCUGAAUGAGGAUCGAUACAAAGGAGGCCGGUAGAUCGCGAUGGAGCUGCAGAAGAAAAGGCCGGCGAGAAACAAAAGGGGGGGGCAAACAUUGUUUAGACCCGGUUUGUGUGAGGCCUUCUGUCCUGCUGCCGCGCCGGGUCACAAUGGGCAGGGACACACUUGUGGAUGUGUGUGUGUUAGAGGAAACUUCAGUGACACCCCCACCUCCUAAAACCUCCCACCCUUUGCUGCCGUGACCCCGGCGAUCCACCCUUCGCCUCCAUCAGGCCACUUUCCCAGCCCCUCCUCGCUGGUCAGCUCUGGGAGGCUCCUCCGGCGGGGGACAGAGGUCAGCAGCAGGCUGAACGCCCAGGUCUUUGAGAAGACCCCAAAUUUAUUCAGGAAUGGGAGCCCCCCCCAGUUCUCUGUAGUCGGGGGUAGCUGCCCGGUGGGGGGUCUUCCCACUAACUCUGCAGCAGCACAAAACAUGGCCUCUGACUCCAGCUGUGGUGAGAAGCCUAAUUUUGAAGAGCCCCAUUAGUGUUCAUCUAUAGGUGAUGGAUAUUUUCGGACGGCUUCGUGCCUGCAGUCCGACAGCACUGGAUCCCAAACCGCGUGCAAUUUGUGGAUACGCCCCUUUUUUCUUUUCUUUUUUUGGAGGAAGGAGGAGGAAAACUUUUUUUUAGAAGUUUACCACUCUAACUUUUAUGGGACUACUGUGGCAGGACAUGAACUAUGCAGCAGAGAAACAAGUUAAACUGGGUGCAGUUCCUCUCUUGACCACUAGGGCUCCAAAAGUGAGUCAAUCACUAUUGAUUGGCAUGUUAAAAUGUCUAACUUUACAGAAGAAAUAAAAGUUU